AUGAAGAAGUUUAAAACGAUCGGCGGAAAGCGAAAAAUCGAGGAGCUUCCUUAUGAGCCCGAAGAGCCAAGGUAUAUUGAACAGCCACCGAUGGAACCAUACGGUCCGCAGGAUUACCCAGCAGAGCCAGAGCUGCCAAUGAUCCAGUACUAUGACACGGAGACAGGAACCGACGAUAUAAUUGACGAAAUGCCAUCAGUAAUGGAGGACUUCAAGUCUGUGGAAACAAUGGAUGACCCAAAAGAUAUGUUUGUUGACAUAUCAGGUGGUCAAGGUGGACAGCAGUUGCCACUCGCAACUAUCGGAAACGGAUUCUACGAUAAGACCGUCAGGGUUAAGGCGGAGGACAGCAAUGACCAAAAGGUGCGCGAAUACGAGUACCUGAGAAUCAAGAACGUGGGCGACAGGGAAGUGGAGGAAAGGCACAUGGAUACUCCAGCUGACGCAAGGCCGGAAAUGUCGUACCACAAGGGAGUGGUCCCGGCAAUAGAGCACUCAGUGAAGAACUCGUUUUUUGGAUCACUGCCUAGCGCUGAGAACAACGGUGUCUAUCCAAUAGGCUACCCAGUGGAAACCAGGUCAAUAGGGACGCAAACUGAGCCCCAAUUUGUCCAGCCGCAAGUACUCACACCAGCCGAUAAGGUGCAAAUGAAGCUAGAAGAAUUGAGGAGGCGCAACGAGCAGCUGUUGGCAUCGCCGGCAAGCGCAACACCAAUACCACUGAAAUAUCCAAACCAGUUGCUGGCUUCACCAGCCAGUGCAAUUCCAAUACCACUCUCUUACGCAAAUGGUCCAGUGGCCAGCGCAGGUGGAGUUUUGGUCAAUCAAUCUACCGGCGCCAUCAGCGAAGGAGCCAGCUUGAGAGGGUUGAAAAAAAGACGCAAGAGCAAAAAGGCCAAGAAAGCCAAGAAGGCUAAGAAGAGCAAGAAAAACAAGAAAAACAAGAAGUCAAAGGCCAUGAAGAACGAGGAAAAAAUGAGAAAGAAGAUGGAGAAAAAGAGGAGGAGGGAAGAAAAGAAAAAGGCAAAAAUCGCUAAAAAGCAGGCUAAGAAGAGGGAGAGGGAAAGAAUAGAUGAAAUGAAGGAAAGGGAGAGGCUCAUCGAGGAAAAUUUGGACGAGGAAAAUGAGGAGCUCGAGGAGGGCCAGCUGGCAGUGAGCGAGAGGGCUAGGGCGGCAAAAAGGCUGCAGCAGCAACAGGGCCUUCAGCACAGGAGGAUUGGCCAGGCUGAGAGGAACAUGCAGCUGAGGCGCCAGAGGCAAAAUCAGUUGGAGGACAGAAGGAGAAUCCAGAGGCUGAGGAGGGAGAAGAUGCUGAUGGGCGGUCCGGGGAGAGACCUGGAAGACCUAUCGACGAGCGGAAGCUACGACGAGGACGAGCUUCCGAGGGCUCCGCUGUUCCAGGACGACUUCGAGGAAGAUGACGACGAGUGA